AACUCUUUAACAAAAAAGGACUUCUUUAAUUAUUAUUCAUCACUAAAAGAAACGAAAAUGAACAGAAACGGCCCAUUUGAUUCUGUAAUAAAUCUUCUCCACCAAAAUUGACGAUCUAGAGAGAGAGUAUUGAAAAACCCAACUCAACUUCUAGAGAGAGAGGGCACUUCCGAUCUUAUCGGCCAUAAUAUAGUACUCCUGUCUCUUGUGUAGAUAUAGAUACAGGGGUAGUGAUAUAUAGAUACAGGAAGGACAUAGUGGUGGUCAAUUGAGAGAUGGGGAGUGUUCCUGCUUGGAGAAAAGCUUAUGGCGCUCUUAAAGAUCAGACCAAAGUUGGCUUAGCCCAGCUCAAUAGUGAUUUCAAGGAAGUGGAUGUUGCAAUUGUGAAAGCUACAAACCAUGUGGAGUGCCCACCUAAAGAAAGGCAUCUAAGAAAAAUUUUGAUCUCGACUUCAGCAAUUAGGCCUCGGGCUGAUGUUGCGUAUUGCUUACAUGCUCUUGCUAGACGAUUAGCCAAGACCCAUAAUUGGACUGUGGCUCUAAAAACACUUAUAGUUAUACAUCGGGCCCUGAGGGAAGGAGAUCCCACUUUUAGGGAAGAACUUUUGAAUUUUCAGCAGAGAGGACAUAUUCUCCAAUUGUCCAACUUUAAAGAUGAUUCCAGUCCAGUUGCUUGGGACUGUUCAGCUUGGGUACGUACAUAUGGACAUUUUUUGGAAGAACGACUUGAAUGCUUUAGGAUUCUGAAGUAUGAUAUAGAAGCAGAACGGCUUCCGAAAUCUGUCCAAGGGCAGGAGAAGGGGUACAGUAGAACUAGGGAGUUGGAUAGUGAACAAUUGUUGGAGCAGUUGCCAGCUUUACAGCAAUUACUCUUUCGACUUAUUGGCUGUCGGCCCGAAGGAGCAGCUGUAAACAAUUACGUAAUACAGUAUGCGCUGGCUCUGGUACUCAAAGAGAGCUUCAAGAUAUAUUGUUCCAUAAAUGAUGGAAUAAUAAAUCUCAUCGAUAAGUUUUUUGAGAUGGCAAGACAUGAAGCUAUAAAAGCAUUAGAUAUUUAUAAGAGAGCUGGUCAGCAGGCAUCUAGUCUGUCAGAAUUUUAUGAAGUUUGUAAAGGUCUGGAGCUUGCUAGAAAUUUCCAGUUCCCUGUUUUGAGAGAGCCCCCACAGUCUUUUUUGGUGACCAUGGAAGAGUAUAUUAGAGAAGCACCGAGAAUGGUCAAUGUUCCAGCAGUGCCAUUGGAAUUUCCAGAGAGACUUCAAUUGACAUAUAAACCAGAAGGGGAUGAUGCUUCACCUUCUGAAGGAACACCAUCACCUAAUAAUGAAUCCAAGCCCCCGGGUCUGGAUAUAGUGGCUGUCUCAUCAGUUGAAGAAUCCUCCCCAAUCACUGCACCCCCUCCUGCAAAUAACUUCGAUUCUGAAGAUCUGUUGGGAUUUAAUGCUACGUCACAAAACACCACACCUAUUGCAUCAGCGAUAGAGGAAAGCAAUGCAUUGGCACUGGCUAUUGUUCCAUCUGGUAAUACAUCUGCUCCUCUGCAAACUAAAGAUUUUGAUCCUACUGGAUGGGAGCUGGCAUUGGUUAACACCCCGAGUAGCGACAUAUCCUCAGUUCAGGACAGGCAACUGGGUGGUGGAUUGGAUUCCCUCACUCUGAAUAGCUUGUACGAUGAAGGAGCUUACAGAGCCUCUCAGCAACCAGUAUAUGGGUCGCCAGCCCCCAACCCAUUUGAAUCAUCAGAUCCGUUUGCUAUAUCAAACAAUACAGCUCCUGCUGCAGUUCAGAUGUCAGCAGUGCCUCAGUAUCAAGCCAAUCCAUUUGGCCCUUACCAACAACCUACAUAUUCACAUCCCCAACAGCAACCAGAUUUGAUGAUGGGUCAACAAAAUCCUUUCCUCGAUGCAGGGUUCGGAGCAUUCCCAGUCAAUAAUGGUGCACACCAGCCAACAAGCAAUCCUUUUGGCAGCACGGGCCUCCUGUAAUGAAGUUUUGAUGUAUUUGAAGGUGUGGAGAGUUUUUUGAGGUUGGUGGAUUUUAUAGUAUUCCACGAUAUUUGUCUCUUUUUUUUUUGGUUAGUUUGAGCGUUAUUUGUAGCAUUUCACAACUAAAGGUAUUAUUACUUGCUGUUAAUUACUCUGUAAUCAGUUUUAACCAAUCAUUCUUUAUUGAACUCCGGCCUGACGUGAAUAAGAAAGUCUUGAUGUAUAA